AUGAAUCUGAAUCCUCAGAUUUUCAUCAAUGGAACGCUCAACACCGUUGACAAAGCGUUUGAUUUCUUUGCCAGGGUCAUCGCUAUUGAUCAACUUGGGGCACUCUUUUGGUGGUAUGUUGCUGCUAAAUACGCUAUUAAGCAUCUUGAGCAUGUUCAACACUUGGUUCUGGUGAGAUCUACUGGAUUCACUGCAGAAUCGGAUCCCAAGUCAGAAUGGCUCACUAAGUUCAGAGCAACGUGGAAAGGUGCAGUCUUGAAUCAUUUAUGGGAGUCUAACUUCACUCCUCAGAAGCUGGUUAGAGGAUCAGGUCCUUGGGGUCCAAGUCUUGUAAACCGGUAUACAAGUGCAAGAUUUGGUGCACAUUCUGAGGGAACUGAGCUAACAGAUGAGGAAUCCAGAUUGCUUACCGGUGAGUCCAUGUCUCGCCUUUUGUUGUUGUUGCUGCUUCAGUCCAUGGUUAAGGAAUUAGUUUCAUGGAAAGAUAAACUAGAACAGCAGCUGGUGGGAAUUUUAAACUUGCAGAACAGUCGGCAGGUCAAUGGGAGCAAUUCCUUCAGUCCAGAUCCUCAAAGCUGGGAACAUUUAUUGCAUGGUACCAACUUGGAUGACUUUGCUGGGGACGGUUUCGAACCAUGGGAUGUUGAUAAAUACUUUACCGAUGCUUUACCAGAGGCAGAGGCUGUCAGGACGGAUAUCUACUUGCUUCCACCAAAGGCUCGCAAAAGCUCUUUCCAGGACCACAUGUGGUUAGAGGAGCAGUCAGUGCUCAACUCCGAAAUGCAGAGGACAGAGAGCUGCAUGACCAGAGGUGAUUCCAGAAGCUUCAAUCAGGACAAAGCUGAGUUGACUCCAGGUUCUUCCAUGACUGCAGGUCCAAGAUCAGAUAUUGAGGACCCAAAUAUUAUUUCUCAGGAAACAUUGAAAGAGUUGGUGAGUUGGAAAGCCAAAGCGGAGCAGCAGCUAAUGGAAAUGUCAGAGGCUGUGCGAGUAAUCAUGGGAAACAAGAAGAUGAGAAAAAAUCAUGAGGCAGGAAUGGAGAUGCAAGCUAAUAUUAAUGAAGAAAAAAAUAUCGAAGGAAGUGAGAAAGUUGCAGAAGUGCAGAUGCAAGCUAAGACUGGCAUCAGAAUAAAAGACCAAGACACUAAAAGAGAACAACCAUAUGAGCUUCUAGAAGAUGAAGAGCAUGACAAGAUUCCUAAACCGGUUGUUGAAGAAACAAAGUAUCAAAGAGAAGAGGAAAAGAGAGUGGAGGAUAGAGACGUUGAAGAGAUGAAGAAAAAAAUCUGA